AUGGCGGGCGUGCUCAAGAACGUAUUUGGUGGCCAAGCGCCAGGUGCUGCCUCUGACGAUGAUUUCGCCGACUUCGUCGAGGCCCCGAACCCAUCGCCUGCGUCCCUUGUCGCCGACUCGACCACUAAUGCGGCGGCUAACACCCAUGGCGCCACUGCUCCUUACACAGCAUGGUACCGAAUCUGGGAGCGUACUUCCCCCAAGGACUUCAUGCAGGAGGCGAUGAUCCUGCCCUUCAUCCUGGCUAUCGUCUUCUUCCAUCUGUGGGGUACGAGAAAGAACCGUCGCAAGGCGCGAGACUGGGCUAAAGUCCAUGUUCCCGCUCUCCAGAAGGAGUUUGCCUCCGUUGGAUUCGAUGGCAUCCCGCAAGCUGAAGAGACUGUUACCGUGGAAUUGAGCAACCCCGAGAAGAGCCUGAAGGAGAAGUCCGGCCACGAGUUCUCAACCUAUGCGUCUGGUCGCCAGAACGUUGCCUUCGUUGAUGUCUCCCUGAAGAUGCCAAAGCGUUACAACCCUAUCACGUACUUGAUGGAGUAUGUUUUCAGCUUCUUCUUCGAGAGCUGGGACGCUCCCACUGAGAAGUAUGAGGCUCUGAUGUACGCUUUCGAUGGCAAGGAGAAGGACCUUGUUCCUGUUUUCUCCAAGGAUUCUCCUCUGAAGGUUAACAACUCGACCUAUGACGGAUUCAUCUGGGCAGUGGUUCACAAGAGCCACAUGCAGAAGUUCCGCACCGACCGUUAUGAUGCCUCAAUCACCUUCUCCAAGGAUCACCCCAAGUUGCCCCAGUGGGUCACUGUGAUGUCAGAGAGCGCUGAGAUCACCGAAACCCUCCUUAGCAAGGAACUCAUCCAGGCUAUCGAGCAGGCUGGCAACGACUUUGAAUACUUGAUUGUCACUGACCAGCCUAUUGAUAAGCCCUUGAAGAUUGAUGAGACCAUCCCCAAGAAGCGUGUUCAGCUUUCGGUUAACCUGUCCUCGUCUUCCGAUUACUCCGCCACUCUGCCCCUGUUCAACCAGUUCCUGCGUUUCGGCGAUAAGCUCGUCGCAGCUGCCCACUUCCGUGGUGAGGUUCUGCGCAAGGUUCGCAACGUCCGUGAUGAAGAGAUCAAGAAGCUGCGCCGUGUCGAAGAGGAGGAGAAGGCCGAGGAUCGCAAAAUCGCCGCUGAGAAGAUCAAGAAGGAUGAGCGAGAACGUAUUCUGCGCGGAAUGACUGCUGAGGAGCAGCGCAAGUACCUGGACCGUGAGAGCCAGAAGGAGCAACGCAAGAACCAAAAGCGUAUGACCCGUCGGGGUUAA